UCCAACGUUCCUCUCUAACGGUCGAAUGCGCCCUUGCAUCAUUUAAGACUGCAAUCUCUUCCCCUUCCGUGUUACCCUCUCUCUCUCUCUCUCUCUCUAAGCCCUCUCGUUUCCUUUCUCACAUUCGUCACCAUAUUUGUAGAGCAAAAGACAAUGCUUCAACAAGAGCAAUGGAGCAUGGCGGCUCAGACGGGAAUCAGGCUUUCAAGAUCGGCUCCUUCUUCUCCUCUGAAACCCAUCGGCAGGACCAAGUCAGACACUUUCCACAUCGCCCACAAAGUACCAGUCGGAGACACUCCUUACGUGAAGGCCAAGAGGGUACAGCUUGUUGAAAAAGAUCCCGUGAGAGCAAUAGCCCUCUUCUGGGCUGCGAUCAAUGCCGGAGACAGAGUCGACAGUGCCCUCAAAGACAUGGCCAUUGUUAUGAAGCAACAGAACCGAACAGAGGAAGCCAUUGAAGCCAUCAAGUCCUUGAGAAGCCGCUGCUCUGAUCAGUCCCAAGAGUCCUUAGACAAUAUCCUUUUAGACCUUUAUAAGAGAUGCGGUAGACUAGACGAUCAGAUCGCUCUGCUAAGGCACAAACUACUGCUCAUACAACAGGGUCUAGCUUUCAAUGGGAAGCGAACCAAGACUGCUCGCUCUCAAGGGAGGAAAUUUCAGGUCUCCAUCGAACAAGAAGCUACUCGUUUACUGGGGAACCUGGGCUGGUCUCUGAUGCAGAAGGAGAACUAUAUUGAAGCUGAAGCCGCAUACCGAAAAGCUCUAAUGAUCAGUCCAGACAACAACAAGAUGUGCAAUCUGGGAAUUUGUUUGAUGAAACAAGGCAGAAUUACAGAGGCCAGUGCCACUCUCAAACAGGUCAGACCAGCCGUAGCUGCAGAUGGUAGUCGAGGUGCUGAUUCCCAUCUAAAAGCCUUCGAAAGAGCACAAGAGAUGCUUCGCGAUCUCGAGUCAAAGAUGAUGAUUCAGGGCAACCAGGCCAGCAACUUCUUUGAAGCUUUCUCAGGCUCUUCAUUGAUUUGGCAGCCGCAGCCCUGCAUUGACCAUCACCAAGAGUGCUUUGCUGAUGAAAAUUUACAGAUUUCAAACACCAGAAAUAAUCUUAAUGUAGACGCACCUCCAUUUUAUUCGAAGAUCAGGACUGAGAAGCAACGGGAAGAGGGAUUGGGCAAUCUAAAGAGGACGAGAUCAGGAAUUUUGAAUGAAAAGCCUGUAAUAGAAAAUGCUGGAGGGAAGUGGCCGAAGUUGCCGGAGGAAGAUGAGUUCCAGGAGGCCAUGGUGGCAGCGGUGCUGGCUCCGGUGAUUGAGAAUGGUGGUUGUGGAAGCCCGGCGUUGGGAGAGGGGAAGAUUGGCAAGAGGCUUAGAAUUUUUAGGGAUAUUACUUGGAAUAUGAACGCCGUUAUAGAAUGA